GAACCUUAAUGCUUUAUAAAAUUUAAUAAAUCUAAAUACACCUCCAUUGUUACUGAAGUCAAGUUCAAAGAAAUUGAAUCAGUUGGCUCAUACAUUUCCAUGAUGCGUGAAAGUAUCCGAAGAGGACCAGUUGUAUGUGAUAGUUCCUAUCCUUGUUCCACACAUGAAGUGUCAUAAGUAUGGGACUGGAAGAAUGAAACUCUCGUCCAAGAUAUGUCAUAAAAAGGAUACUGGAAAACAUGAAACACCUAGUAAAAACUCUUCAGAAAUUUGUCAACCUGAUAAUAUUCCUAGUAGUAGCAGUGAGAAUAGUUCAAUGAAUAUGAAUUCUGAUGAUAAUACAAAAGAGUGUAUACUGAAUCCUAUUAAUAUGGACGAUUGUAGUAUUCUUCAACAUGAACAAUGUAAUGACACACAAUCUAACCAAAGUAUCUUUUUCGAUUUAUUAUCUAAACUUGAAAGACAUUUGGAUGAAGAGAGAAAAGCCAAUGCAAAAUUACAAGUUGAAUUAAUGAAUAAAACUGAAUAUGAAAAACAAAUAUCUGAUCUACGAUCCAAUUAUGAAGCUGAAGUAUUUCGUUUACAAAAUGUGAUAACACGUUUACAAGGCAAUUCACAUUAUAACGAUAAAAUAAGUCAUGAUGAUGAAAAACUAGCCAACCUAAAUACAGAAGUUAACGAAGUGAAUGUUAGAAGGAAUAAUGAUGCAGAAUCGAAUACUGACAAGUGUAUUAAACCUGUGCAAAAUUUCACUAGUAUGGAUGAACUGAAAAAAGAAUAUGCAAAGCAAGAAUUACUAAUUGCAGGUUAUCAACGUGAAAAUGAAAAGUUGUAUGCAACUGUUAAAAAAUUACAUAAAGAUAAGCAAACUGAAACUGAAGAUUCACAGACAGCAAAACGUCUUACUAAUGAAAAUCUUUCUUUAAGAGUUGAAGUUGAACAAUUAAAUAAAGAACUAAAAUUGCGUAGUCAACAAAUAUGUACCAUGUUAUCUGGGAAUUCAAGAUUGAAUCAAGAAAAUCGAAUAAAUGAAUUACAAGAAAUGAAUAAACAAUUGGAUAAUGAAAGAAAUAAGUUAACAAAAGAAUUAAAUGAUACACGUUUAGAGUUGACAAACAUGAAUUUAAAAAUGAAUAAUCAUAUACGUGAGAAAAAUGAUUUAUUAGAAAAAUAUGAAAAUUUUAAAGAAAAAUCUCAAACAGAUUGUACAAAUAUGAAAGAAACAUAUUUAUGUCAAAUAGAAGAUCUUCAAAAGAAAUUACGUUGGUAUAUUGAAAAUCAAUCAAUAAUCAUUAAAGAUUCAAAGAAAUUACAAAAUCAAGCUAGAGAACUGGAAAAAUUGCAAGCAGAAUUAUCAUAUUUUAAAAGUAAACAAGUUUCUGGUCCCAAGUCAAAUGAAUCAAAACAGUCACAUAACAGUAAGGAUUUAUCAAAUGAAAGUGAACAAGCAUUUCUUCUUCAAAGAAUUAAAUUUCUUGAAUCAGAAUUAGAUAGAGCUCAUGAAAAUGAGAAACGAGCUAUUCGUGCACUUCAGCAACAAUAUGAACGAGUUAAAUUACAGGAUUUACGCGGUCAAAUAACCAAUUUAAAAAUACAAUUAAAACAACGACAAAAAACAAUUGAACAAAUGAAACAUUUUGCACAAUUGAAUAGUAACCAUUUAAAGGACAAUAAUAAAAUCAAGUCUUCAAUACAUAAAAAUAAACAAUUUCAUUAUCCACAUUUAUAUGAAAUUCAAUCUAGACAAAUAAAUAAGAUUAAUGAUAAGAUAAAUUUGAGAAAAAAUAAAAUAAUCAGUUCAAAUGAGCAAAACAAUGAAGAUGUUUCCAUUAACGAUAAAGAAUCAAUUAGUUUGAAAGAACAUAAUGCACUCAAAAACUUGUUACAGAGUCGUAUAACUAAACUUGAAAUUGAACUGAAAAAAUCACAGGAAUCAGUGAAAUCUGGAGUAACUUGUGAUGCGUCCACAAACACUGAGUUCAUUGAAAGAACUGAUGAUUCAUAUAUCAAAAUUCUGGAGAGGCAAUUUAAAGAUCAAAUUGAUACCAUUGUGUCCAGACAAACAGAACUAAAUCGACUGAAAAAAUUAAUGACUAAUCGAAAUAAACAUCAUCAUCCUCAUCUUCACCAUCAUUUGCACAAUGGGGAUAAAAGUGAAUAUGAUUUGAAUACAAGUCAAUAUAUAAAUGAAAACAUUCCCUCUUCAUUAUUACAAAUCGAAGAUGUUUCUAAUAUUGAAGAAUACAUGAAUGAAAUGUAUACUAAUCCAAAUUAUUGUACAAAUCUUGAAGCAGAUUAUUGGCGUAAUAUUGCAUUGAAAAUGAAUAAUGAAUUAAAUCAUUUACAAAAUGAUGCAAAUAUACUUGUAAAUAUCUUAACAGAAUUACAACAAUGA